AGUGGCUGCAGGAGAGUCAGAAAAGCUGCGAUCUUACUUAACACAAACAAGAAAAAAAAACAAUUGGAAAGAAAGAGAAAGAAAGGAAGAAUUGUGAAUAUAAUUUCUUACAUUUUAGCCUCUGGAAGAGCCUCCCAGAGCAGCCACAAGAAGAAUCAACUCUCUCCGCCUCCCUCAUCCCUCCUUAUAUUCUCCUCCUCUGCCUUACCCAGCACUCUCAGCCACCCAUGAGUGUGACCAACUCCUCUGCCUAUCGAUCGGAGCGUAGUUUCCACCAAACUUCAUCCUCAUCCUCGUCGUCUGGUAAUCCAUACAUGGAGAAGAGCCGGGGACUGUUUGCUGAGGACUUUGGCUCCUUCAUGAGGCCUGGGAGCGACGCCUUGGGGUUUUCCAGUUUAGGCGGAGCUGGAAAUAUCAAGGCUCUUGGGGAUUCGUACCAGUUCACAGUUGAUGUGCGAGACUUCUCCCCUGAAGAUGUCAUCGUCACCACAUCCAACAACCAGAUUGAAGUUCGUGCAGAAAAGUUGGCCCAGGAUGGUUCGGUGAUGAACACUUUCACACAUAAGUGCCAACUACCUGAGGACGUGGACCCCACCUCAGUGACAUCAUCACUGGGCACCGAGGGGACCCUAACAGUCAGGGCAAGGCGACACCCGGCCAAACACGAGCUCGUACAGACCUUCCGCACCGAGAUCAAGAUCUAGAGAGGGACCCACUUUCUCAUCACAAACCUUUUACUUUUUGUGUUUUUAUUUCUGUGUUCUCUAUUUGCUUUCUUCACUUAAACCAUUCUACUUUAAACACACAGAGUUGACACUGCAUGUGCUAUAUAAAACAUGCCAUGUCCUCCUUCCAUGACGGCAACAAUGCCUGUUGCUGCUCAUUUAUAUUCUGAGUUAGUUCACCAUACACAGCAGCAAUAGGUCAUACCUGCACAUAACAUACUGAGACACAGGGGCUUGGACAUAUACAGCAUUUGCACAAAGAAAGACACACACAGCAUUUAACUGAUCAGUUCACUACUUCACUCCUGUCCUCUAGCACAGUUCUAAAAAAGAAGAUUCACCUCUGAAAUUGAUGGUUGCCAUGUUAAUAAUAAUUUAUUGUAUAUUAUUAUUUGUGUGAAUAAAAUUAUCCUGCUUUGACAAUAAACAUCUGACAAUG